AAAUAUUCUUCCACCCGAAACAAUUUUUUUUUUGGGAAAUCGAAGCCUUUCUCAAGAACGAACCCACCUAGGGCUUGCUUUUGUUUCUGUGUUUGCUGUGAUUUUUCUUCGAUCCCUAAUCUUCGUUUUUACUCCUCAGCUUUUCGGAUUUCUAAGAAGCUCUUUCGCGUCCAGAUUUUACUGCUGGGCAAGUUGGUGAUUGAGACAGGACAUCGUAUCAAACAUUUUUAUCAUCUUAAAUGGUGGAUAGAGGAUCUUGAAGGAAUGUCUGACUUGUGUAUGUAUAAGCUCAAGGAUAAUCUUUGGAAAGAUUUCACUGAGAUUGAUGAUUAUAUAGUGCCUCAUGUUGGUGAUGAACUCUGGGAUCUAUUUGAAGUACGGAGCGAUACUCUUAAGAAUUCUAAUCGCCGAGUUGGCUUUACGAGCAGUGCUUACAGUGCAUCUAAGUUCAGUUUUCUUGGUAAGGAGAAAGUAAAAACACAAACAUCAAUCAUGAAGAAUACAGUGCUGGAAAAAGAUUCAUGGUCUCAUACACCUGAUGGUGCUCCUUCUUCAUUAAACAGUGAUACAAUCAAAGAUAUGAAAAUGGAAUCAAGCAGUCUUAGUAUGUCAAACCACUGCUUUAAAACGGACGUGGGUACAGAUCUUGAUUACUGCACUGAUGAUCAUAUUGUAACUGAUAAUAGUGCUGCAGACGAGAAUGACAUGUAUCAAUAUUCAGUCAGUCAUAUGUCCCAAACAGAUAAUGAUAUUAGUUUUCUGGACGAUGAUCGUGAAAACAAUGAAAAUAACGAUCUUCUGUAUUAUGGGUGGCAAGAUAUUGGAAGUUUUGAGGAUGUUGAUAGGAUGUUUAGAAAUUGUGAUUCGACAUUCGGGCUUGGGAAUCUAAACAACGAAGAUGAUCUACGCUGGUUUUCCCCAUCCCAUGGCUCGGAGAAACAUGAAGAUCCAUCAAAGUCAAACUUUAAGUUUUCAUGCUGUGAAGGAAGUACAAUAAUUGAUGCAUCCGAAUUUAACGAAGAGUCUAAUCCCGUGAAUUCCGAACCUUCACCUGAUGGUCUGAAUAGAAAUAAUAUUUUAAAUGGAUGCAAGGUGAAUGAUGGGACUACAGAUCUUGGUGACUCUGUUGCUAUUAGUCACUUGUCAGCUGCUGACAUGUCAGAUAUGGAAAACAAUUCUAGAGCUGACUUGAUACCUAGAAAACAGGAAUCAUCUUAUGCAUCUGAUCAACUACAGUCUAUGCAUAGCUCUCAGUAUCCUUCCUUUGAUGCUCCAACAACUGCAGCAAAUGAGAAUAGAGAAAAACUGUACCACCAGGAUUUACCAGCCUCAUUCAACAAGAAUUUCACUUUUAUGUCUGCACCAAGUUUGGAAACAUUCAAUACUUCGUUUCCAGUUAGAAAGCAGGCUCCAAGGUCUGAAAGUGAAAUUGAUGACGGUCACAGUGAAACUGGAGUAGUUAGCAGAGGAACUAGAGCAGAAUUAGAUUCUUCAAAUGCCCAGGAUAAGUCUUGCAGGGGCGGCACGAUGCUGGAUGGAAUUUCACUGGAAGCAACUAGUUUUCGCCAGCUUCAACAAGUAAUGGAGCAGCUGGAUAUUAGGACGAAGCUGUGCAUAAGAGACAGUCUCUAUCGCCUGGCAAGAAGUGCAGAGCAGAGACAUAACUGUGCGAAUCUCAAUGAGAAUAUUGGAGAAGAUAAACUCGUGAGAGAUCCAUCGUCAAUUGAUCAAGAUGCCAACAGGAGUGGAGAUUUCUUGGAUUUGGAAACUGAUACCAAUCCUAUAGAUCGGUCAGUUGCCCACUUGCUAUUUCACCGGCCCUCUGAUCCAUCAUUAAUGCCUGCUGGUGGUAACACCUUGCCUCUCAAAUCAAACAAACUGGUUGCCACCAAUAAACAAAAUUUCCAGGACGAAACCGGUGGAGCUGCUGCUGCUUGUGCAGAUCAAAAGCCGCUGUCAAAUAGGAAAAAACCAUGAGCAGUGAGCUCUGUAAAAUAUUGUGAAAUAGCACGCCAUCGAUGCAUGGAGUGAUUCGUACUCCUUUAUAACCUUGCUCUGUGAUAUGUCCCCAUUUCCUCCAUGCAUCCAUGUUGGUCCAGGUCCUUCAAAUGCUUACCUUGAAAGGCCAAGUAGGCUAUAAUUCUAAUAGUCUUUGGCUAAUGUAUUAAGAGCCUGUUUUAAUAUGCUGAUUACGAAAGUGUUAAUGUGCAUUAGUUCUUGGUUUGAUAGGCUAAUCACAAUUCACAAGUCUUGCAACUUCUUCCCCCUGUGGCACUGUUAGGAGAUGGGCUAGCCAUGAUUUAUGGAAAUUCAAAUUAUUUCUGGUUGUAUGUUUUAGUGAUCUAAUUGAGUUUAAGGCUUAUAGAUUAUGUAAUGUAUACCUCUCUAUCUAGAUGAACAAUUGGUGGGUUACCAUUGUAAAGUUCUUUUUCUUU